UCCUGCGAGAAGUGAAGCAUAGUUAUAUCCGAAGUUCGAAAAUCAGAUUCCACUGAGCCCAGGUCUCUGUCUUUCUCGACACAUUGAAACAAAUUUGCGAUGCAUCUUCUACUGGUAAUCCUGACUCUGCUCGGAGCAUGCGAAGCUCUCGUACCCCGUUCAAUUGUACACAAACACGAUCGGAGGGCAACAACAACAACUUCUGCACCUGCGGUGUAUCAGACAGGAAUUCCUUGUAACUGCAACAACUACUACGUAGUUUCGACCGGUGACUCUUGCGAUGCUAUUGUCACAGCAUAUAAGAAUGCAUUCACUCUUGCACAAUUCUAUGCAUGGAACCCAGCAGUCGGAAGUACUUGUCUAAAUCUUUGGCUUGGCUAUAGUGUGUGUGUCGGUGUCGACGCCACAGUGACAAAAUGCACCACAACUUCGGCAGCACCAACUAUUACGACUACGAGCAAGCCGAUAUCUACAACCUCUCCAACGACAACCACUACUCUCCAGCCUUACUCAUACAUCUCAUCGACAGUAAUCAACGCUCAGCCAACUGUCACAGAGCUGCAGCCUUUUGGAGUGCCGAGUCCCGUCCAGGCAGGAAUUUACAGUGGCUGCGAAACAUACUAUCAAGCUGUGGCUGGUGACAAUUGUACCUCGAUCACAGACUACUUUUUCGGCUUCAAUGAAGCCCAGUUCAUCUCCUGGAAUCCAGCUGUAUUCUACGACUGCUCAAAUCUUGUAAUCGGCAACUACUACUGUGUUCAAGCUCAAGCAUACCGACCUAGCCCAGCAGUUUUUUCUGGUCCUGGUCUCCCAUCACCGCUCCCCAAUUGCACCGUUUCCGACUGUACAGCUUGGUACAGAGCGACGGAAACCGACAAUUGCACCAGUGUUCCCCAGACAUUUGGCAACUUCUCACUCGUCGAAUUCACCCAGUGGAACAGCAUAAACCCGACCAAUUGCACAGGCUUCGACACCGGCUACUUCUACUGCAUAAAUUGGCCUUGGUCUUCCAGCACGAAUUUCAACAGCAGUAGUUUCAACGACACUGAUUACAGCACAUGGCGAUUUCCUAUCAACAGCUGCUACAACUCCACGGUCAAUGUAACAACCACUGUACCAAGCACAACUACGAGCACAACCACGACAGCUGGUCCAACUUCCACUUGUGUUAAAUCGUACACAGUAGUGGCUGGCGACUCAUGCGCUGCUAUUCAGGCCGCUUACAGCAUUACUUUCGCACAGCUCUUGGCGUGGAAUCCCAGCAUCGGUUCAAAUUGCGAGUAUCUUGUCAUUGGGAACACGUAUUGUGUUUCUCAGUCCGCGGGAACGACUACCACGACAUCUAGUCAGCCUACACAGACAUCUUCAUGCACAAAAAGCUAUACCGUUGUCGCCGGUGAUUCGUGUGCUGCCAUCGAGGCCAGUUAUAGCAUCACUUUCGCACAGCUCCUGGCAUGGAAUCCUAGCAUUGGUUCGAACUGCGAGUAUCUAGCCAUCGGAAACACUUACUGUGUUGCUCAGUCUGCAGGAACGACUAUCACGACAUCUAGUUAGCCUACACAGACAUCUUCAUGUACAAAAAGCUAUACCGUUGUCGCCGGUGAUUUAUGUGCUGCUAUCGAUGCCACUUACAGCAUUACUUUCGCAUAGCUUUUGGCGUGGAAUCCUAGCAUUGGCUCAAACUGCGAAUAUCUGGCCAUUGGAAACACCUACUGUGUGGCUCAGUCUUCUUGAACAACUACAACUAUCAUACAGAUGCCUUGGAGGAUACUUGUGCAGUUGUAGAGGCGAAGUUUGUUAUGAGCGAUGUGGACUUCAAGAGCUGGGAUACUGUGUUGGAUGCCGGGUGCACGAAUUUAUGGCUUGGAAGUGAUUACUGUGUUGGUAUAUAAAAUAACGUACUAUAAUUGUUAUGAGGUUUAGAAGGCGCCUUGGUCACCGUACCAACGUUCUGAAAGAGACAAGCACAUUCUCUUCCCAGAAACUGCUCAAAAAUUUCAAAUAUGAUUCUG